UACUUGCAAGAGCAAGCUACCCAGCCUCAAACUAUCGGGUAUUCCUUGGCUGAUUCUCUCACCGGUCUUCUUGCUUGGAUUUACGAGAAACUGCUUGACUGGACAGAUGAAUACCCACGGGGAGACGAUGAAGUAUUAACUUGGGUCUCGAUAUACUUUUCCUUCCGCACAGGCCCUACGGCAUCCCUACGAAUCUGCUAUGAAACAAGGCAGGAAGACGCUAAGCCCACACCAAAGGUUAAACCAUCCACUAUCCCCAUGGGCGCUUCGCAUCUCGCGAAAGAAACCCAGCGGACACCCAAGACGUUACUGAUAGAUAACCUCAUGUUCGUAUCUGAACAUGCCCAUGGAGGUCACUUUGCGGCGCAUGAGAAGCCGUCGGAGUUGGCGGAUGAUCUGAGGAGAUUUUUUUAG